UAAAUCAAUUGACUUUUGCCCAAAUAAUCAUCCAUUAACCCAACCCCACCUCACCACCUCCUCAAUAUCCUCCCAACACCCGCGUCUUCUCCAACCCAACCCCAACCUCCCUCAUUUUCUCUCUCCUCACUUUCUCUCUCUACACUUUUUUUUUUGCUCAUUUCUACUUUCUCUCUCUAUCUUCGCACUUCCUCUUUCUCUCUCUUCAAUAUCUCAAUUCUUAGUUCCUUUAAAUGCUACUUACUUCUAUUUCUCUCUCUUCGAUCUGGUUGUAAAAGGGGAGUUGACAGAUGUUGAAACUUAGACUAUAAUGAGCCAGACUGAAGUAUCUACAGCAAGUUCUCCUCUUGUUCCGCUUGGGACACUGAUCGGUCGCGAACUUAGGUCUGAGAAGGUUGAGAAACCAAUAAUUAGGUAUGGACAAGCGGCCUUAGCCAAGAAAGGGGAGGAUUAUUUUCUUGUAAAGACUGACUGCCAGAGAAUUCCUGGGAAUCCUUCUACGUCUUUUUUGGUUUUUGCGAUAUUUGAUGGUCACAAUGGCAUAUCAGCUGCUAUAUUUGCUAAGGAGCACCUGUUGAACAAUGUUCUGAGUGCUGUUCCUGAAGGUGCUAGUAGGGAAGAGUGGCUUCAGGCACUUCCUCGUGCCCUGGUUGCUGGGUUUGUCAAAACUGAUAUUGAGUUCCAGCAGAAAGGUGAAAGUUCAGGGACGACAGUUACUUUUGUCGUGGUAGAUGGGUGGACUGUGACUGUUGCAUCUGUUGGGGAUUCUAGAUGCAUACUAGACACACAAGGCGGUGUUGUUUCUGACUUGACUGUGGAUCAUCGCUUGGAAGAAAAUGAAGAAGAGAGGGCACGUGUGACAGCUAGUGGGGGUGAAGUUGGAAGGCUUAAUGUCUUUGGGGGCAAUGAGGUUGGUCCACUCCGCUGUUGGCCUGGAGGAUUGUGCCUUUCUAGAUCAAUUGGUGAUACGGAUGUAGGAGAGUUUAUUGUCCCUGUACCACAUGUUAAACAAGUGAAACUCUCUGAUGCUGGAGGAAGGCUUAUUAUUGCUUCUGAUGGUAUCUGGGAUGCUUUAUCGUCUGAUGCUGCUGCAAAAGCUUGUCGAGGCCUUCCAGCUGACCUUGCCGCAAAGCUGGUUGUUAAGGAAGCUUUAAGGUCAAGAGGUCUGAAGGAUGAUACAACCUGCGUAGUUGUUGACAUUAUUCCCUCUGUGCACCUCGUCUUGCCCCCAGCACCACAAAAGAAGCAUCAUGGACUGAGUGGACUGCUAUUUGGAAAGAAAUCUCAUAAUUUAGCAAGCAAAUCAUCUAAGCUUUCUGCCGUGGGAGCUGUGGAGGAGCUGUUUGAAGAGGGGUCUGCUAUGCUUGCAGAAAGGCUUGGGAAGGAUUUUCCCAUGAACCCUGAUUCUGGCAUUUUUAGAUGUGCAAUCUGUCAAGUAGAUCAUCCCGCAAAUGAAGGUCUAUCUCUUAAUUCUGGGACAUUCUUUUCUCCUUCAUCAAAGCCCUGGGAGGGACCCUUUCUUUGUGCCAACUGCCGUAGGAAGAAAGAUGCCAUGGAAGGAAAGAGGCCAAUCAAGCCUACAAUUUCAAUCUAACAAUUUAUCUGGUAUUUUUCGGCUUCCAGUGGAACCAGUUUAGGCGGCAAAAUGAAAGGUAGCUCUCUGUGAUUGUAAUCUGCCUGAUGUAGCUCUCUGUAGUCCAUGCCGAAUUGCCAGUAAUUUACUUUGAAACGCCGAGACUGUUCACUCUGCUUCUACCUUUGAGCUCCGUUCCAUGCUUUGAUGACCCAUCCAACUCCAGUGUUGAUAUAACUAUACAAAAUUUUAAUGAUACAACUCGAGCAAUCUGAUUCAUGACCAAGUGGAGCGGAUGAAUUUUCAUGAUACAACUCGUACAUGAUGAAUAAGUUUAUAAAUGAACUGAGGUGAUGAAUUUAGGGGGUGAUGGAAAGAUCAAGUGGAGCGGAUGAAUGUGGUGUUAUUUUAAUUUUUUUUUUCCCUCCAGUAUGAAAAUAGCUCUUCUUUCCACUACCGUCUGUCUGCUCUUGAGGAAAGAAGAAAUGCUAGGUGAUAUAGAGUAGUAUAAUUAUAAUCCAUUUCUCCGUCCAUCUUACUAUAAAGUUCAAACUACUCUGUUUAGUUUACCUUAUUAAAUUCGAUCUUUAGCUUUAAUUAAACUUUGACCUUAUUUGUACACUAAUUUGUAAGGUGAAAAACUAUCAUAU